AUGUCUUCACGUCUUGACGAACUUCGUGCCACCGGCACCGUUGUUAUCGCUGAUACUGCUGAUUUUCAGAAAAUCGCCUCAUUCAGGCCUUCUGAAGGCACUACCAACCCUUCUCUGAUCUUCGCCGCUGCCCAAAAUGCGUCCUACGAGCCUCUCCUAGCCAAGACGAUAUCUUAUGUACGAUCCCUCCCUGGGAAAACAAGCCGCAACGAACAACUUUCCCGUGCCGUCGAGAUGCUAUCUGUCCAGUUUGGAAAAGAAAUUUACAAACUCACAGGGCGCAUCAGCACCGAAGUCGAUGUUAGCUUAUCAUUUGACACUGCCGGAACGGUCGCUGCAGCGCUGCGUAUCCUCGAACUAUAUGCGGCCGAGGGUAUCCCCAAAGACAAGGUACGCAUCAAGAUCAGCGCUACAUGGGAAGGUAUUCAGGCAACGAGGAUACUCCAAAAAGAGCAUGGCGCAAGCUGCCUUGUAACCAUUGUAUUUGGAUCUGUUCAAGCCAUUGCAGCUGCGGAGGCUGGGGCUGAUGCAAUUGCGCCAUACGUCGGUAGAAUCGCCGACUAUGGAAAGCAGCACGGCCAUCAGGGUGAUUUGGGUAUUGAGACAGUCUCAGCCAUUCAGAACUACCUUCGUAAAUACAACCUCUCAACGCAAGUCAUGGCAGCAAGCUUCCGAAACGUGGAGCAAAUACGGGCUCUUGCGGGCAUUGAUCUACUCACUGCAGCACCCUCGAUUCUCGAACUCGUCGAAGCCGAUAGCAGGCCUGUGGUACCUGUCUUAACGGUAGAAGGUGCACAAGCUGCCGAGCUACAACACGUUUCAUACAUUCAUGAUGAGUCGAAAUUUCGAUGGGCAUUUAACGCAGAUGCCUUGGCUGUAGAGAAAUCAGCCGAGGCAAUGCGGAAGUUUGGAGACGACACAGAAAAACUCAAAUCCUUAUUUUCAAAACUAUUAGAUGUUUAG